AUGAAGAGAAUAAAAUUAGCUCUGAUAUUUAAGACAAUUUUCAUAAUAUUUGGCACGAUUGACGCCAAAUCAGUGGAAAAUAAUUUCAAUUAUUUGAGGCAAGAUCAAGGGCAGGAACAAAAUUUUGAAUUAUGUGAACCGCCUCCAUGUAAUACAGAAGAUCAGAGAAAUAAGUUGUGGCCGACUCCGGAUAAAACGCAAUUUUAUCAAUGUGUGCCUGAUCCGUCGUGCGGAUAUAAAGCUUUGGAAAGACCUUGCGCUCCGGGAACAGUUUUUGGAUAUUAUGAACAAGUGUGCAUAUGGGAACGUGAUUGGGUAGACCCAUGUGGUGGAAAUUCCACGACACAAGCUCCGCCAUCGACAACAAGCAAACCCUCAAGCACAACUACUCGUCGUUCUACAACGAGACGUUCGACAACAAAAAGCUCAACGACGACAACUUCUACCCAACAACCGACCACGACAAGUUCUUCAACAACAACUACUGAAGAAGCUCCCGAACCAACAGAAUUAUGUUCCGCUCCCAAUUGUACAAUUAACGAACGUCAUCAAUUAUGGCCCGUGAGAGAUGCUCCCGAAAGUUUCUAUCGCUGCGAACCAGAUCGCGAAGUAGACUGCAAAUGGAAUGUCGUUGAAGAUAAUUGCCCACAAGGAAAAUAUUUCGAUUACAAUAAACAAGAAUGCGUUGAUCCUGAAGAUUGGAAUGAUGUUUGUAACGAAGAAGAACCAUCUUCAACUACAGCAAGCACGACGACAACAUCAAGUACAACUGCUUCCACAACAACAACGACGACAGAAGAAACAACCGAGGAUCCAGAUGAUGAUUUAUGUGAAGAACCAAAAUGUACCGAUGAUCAAACACAUAGAUUAUGGCCAAGUUAUGAGGGUCCUGAUAAAUAUUGGCAAUGUAUUCCGCAAGAAGGAGGGGUUUGGGAAGCUGAACUGAGAACUUGUGAUCAAGGAACAACAUUUUCUUAUGAGAACCAAACGUGUAGUACUGGACCGUUCGAAGAUGUUUGCGGCGGAUUGACUCCACCUACAGAAGCACAAGAACAAAGUCAAGAACAGGAAGAGAAAGAAGAAGAGGAUCUGCAUCCUCAGCAAUGCCCGAUUCCAGAUUGUUCUCAGGAAGAAGAACAACGCAAGUUGCAUCCAUCAUUCGAUCCUCGCUUCUACUAUAUCUGUACAGAGUCCCAAAAUGGAAAUUACAAACCGGUGAUAAUGCCAUGUCCCAAGGGUUUGUACUUCAAAGCCAGAAAUCAAUCGUGUGUUGAACCAUGUGAUUGGGAAUAUUCCUGUGGAUCAUACACAAACGUUACAACCACAACUCUACCUCCUGUAACAACUGAAUCUGUUACAGAAGUCAAUGAAGAAGAAGAAACUACAACGUCAACAACUACAGAGAAAACCACCGAAGCUCCUGUUGAAACGACAACUCAACCUGAGGAAACAACAACGACAACAACCGAAGCUCCAACAACGACAACCACGGAGCAACAAACGACAACUACUGAACAACAAACGACAACUACUGAACAACAAACGACAACUACUGAACAACAAACGACAACUACUGAACAACAGACAACAACUACUGAACAGCAAACAACUGAAGCUCCCACGACAACUACCACCGAAGAAAUGACGACGGAAUCAACGACAACCACAACGGAGCCUACAACAACUACAGAUCAAUCAACUACUGAACAAUCAACGGAACCCACAACCACGGAAAUGCCAACUGGAUGUGAAGAACCAAAAUGUAAAGCGAACGACACCAUGCUCUAUCCACAUGAAGAUCCAACCAAAUACUAUCAAUGUGCUCCUGCGAACGGAUGUGAAUGGAAACCUGUCGUAAAAGAAUGUCCAAGACCAUUAUACUUUGGAUUUAAACAACAAAAUUGCGUAUGGUGUAACGAAUACGAAAAUGUUUGUAAUUCAACGUUCACAACAACAAUGAGCCCAUCAACUACCGAUGCUGUAACAGAAGUCACAGAUACGGAAACUGAACCUACCACAAGGACUUCAACUACAACGACUACAGCACGUCCCACAACGCGAUCAACAACCAGACGCUCUACGACAAGAAGAUCAACCACAAGACAAACAACUACAACGACUCAAAAACCAGAGUCAACUACUGCAGCAUUAGAAAACCCAACAAGCUGUGGACCUCCGAUGUGUAAAGCGAACGAAACAACCCUUUAUCCACAUGAAGAUCCAACAAAAUUCUAUCAAUGUGCACCAGCGUCAAAUACGGAAUGGAAACCUGUCGUAAAGCAAUGUCCUCAGCCAUUGUACUUCGGUUUUAAACAACAAGUUUGUGUUUGGUGUGAAGACUUUGAAAAUGUCUGCAACUCAACGACUUCCAGCACAACUGAAAGUGCUUCACAAGUCACCGAAGAAGAAGAAAAGGAAGAAGAGCCAUCGUCGACAACUUCAACAACGACGACUCAAAGAUCAACCACUAGACGAUCAACGACGCGUCGUACCACUCCAAAAACGACACGUCAAACAACGAGUUCAACAACUACAGAAAGAUCAACUUCAGGACCGUCUUCAGGAAAUUGUGGUCCCCCAACAUGCUCAGCAAACGACACGACAUUGUAUCCACACGAAGAUCCCACCAAGUUCUAUCAAUGUGCACCAGCAUCAAACACGGAAUGGAAGCCUGUCGUGCAGCAAUGUCCUCAACCAUUGUACUUUGGAUUUAAACAGCAGGUUUGCGUAUGGUGUGACGACUAUGAAAAUGUUUGUAACUCCACAUCCAGUGGUGAAGGAAGUUCUCAACAAUCAACAACUCUUUCUCCUCAAACUACACGACGUACAACAACACGUCGUACAACACGCCGAACUACGACAUCUCGAACAACUCGUCAACCAACAACAACAACAACUGCUCGCACAACAACUGAAGCUUAUUAUCCCGAAGAAUCUGGACAAGAAUCUUCAUCAGAUUUCUGCGUAACCCCAUCUUGCAAAACUGACCUGCAAAAGAACAAACUCUGGGCCCAUCCUGAUCGCAAUUUGUACUACCAAUGUGCUCCAAUGUCAAAUGGCAUGUGGGAACCCGUUGAACGUCCCUGCAAUCCCGGAACCGUUUUCCACUACAAGUUGCAAGUUUGCGUAUGGGAAUCUGACUGGGAAGAUCCAUGUGCCGGAAAUGCCGCACGAAAAGCGAUACCGCCUCCUGUCAAACCGAAAAAAGGCUAUUUCUACCCCAAGAAGUACCAUCAAUGGAAUUAUUGA